AUGUCGUUUUUCAGCCGUCUUUUUGCUAAGCAGAAAGAGGAAGAUUACGAGACCGUUCUGUCAAAUCUCGCGGAUGACAUCAAGAAGCGCCGGGUGAAGCUGUCUGAGAUCAGACUGCGCGAGCGGCGGGCAACGUUAUUGGUGACAUUGUACACACUGGCAACGUGGGUGGCGUACGUCAGUCUCUGGUACGUGGAGUACCUUCCACAAAUUCGGGAUAGCGCCGGUGUGAGGAGCGUGGGUCUGGAAAGAGCGGUAAAGGCAUUCCCAGUGCUUAUUGGGCCUAUUGUCAUUUUGUUCAUUCGGAGGAUCGUUCAGAUUUGGUAUAAACGAAAAGGGGACGCAGAAGAGAAAACGGUUCAACUGCUCAUGAAAGAGCGGAGGACCAAGGUAGAGGAGAUAAAGAAGAAAACAAAUUACUAUUCCACACGAGAUCUUCUUCAACGUUACGAUGACUCAACUCCCACCAACACCCCCGUCAUUCCACGAACUCUCCCCAGCCAGAACGCUCCUGGCCUACCUUUUACCCCGAUUCGCCAACCCGUCCCCCAACACCCAAAUUUGGGACAAGCCUCUGGUGUAAAUCCUCGUCUUGCUCAGGUUAUGUCGCCACCGUUUGCGGCAACACCGCCGCGUAAACAGUGGUAUGACAAGCUGGCCGACAAGCUGCUAGGUGACGACGAGCAAUACAAUGUCUCUCCAAGUUCUCGAUACGCACUAAUCUGCGAAAAAUGCUUCGCCCACAACGGUCUGGUGAAGGAGAGCAUGUGGGAGGAUGCGCAAUACUUGUGUAUGAAGUGUAAUCACUUCAACCCUUCGAUGCGGUCGAAGAGGCAAGCACGACUCAGCCAAAUAUCGCCUGCCAGCUCUCCCACCUCGUCCCCAAUGAAUGAGGGUAUAACUGCUCAUUCCAUCCAACUAUCCCCAUCGCAACAACCAAGCAACGAUCCACCGACCGUGGACGCUCCCAGCUCAGCUAAUAUGGACGUUGAUUCAUAG